CUUUACUUCAGUGUGGUGACCUGUCACCGUGAACGAAGCACUCCGUGGAACAGUACGGCGUUAUAACACUGCAGAGCGACCAACACACACGCAAACAUGGCAGACACCAACCAACAAAGCCCUCCUCAACAACUAGGGCCUGUGCAAUUUUUAAUGAGUAACAAGCUGGAAACGGCAAUGUGGCUAUCACGACUCUUCACCGUCUACUGCUCCGUAAUGUUUAUUCUUCCAGUCUUGGGACCUUAUGCAGCAGCAAACUUCUACCAGCGGGCUUUGUUAGCAAACGCUCUCACCAGUGCCCUUCGCUUGCACCAGAGGCUUCCCCGCUUCCAGCUGAGCAGAGCUUUCCUUGCCCAGGCGCUUCAGGAGGAUAGCUGCCAUUACCUGCUUUACUCACUCAUCCUGGUCAACUCUUAUCCCAUCACAAUGAGCAUCUUCCCAGUCUUUCUCUUCUCAUUGCUUCAUGCAACCACCUACACAAAAAAAGUCCUUGAUUCCGUGGGCCCCGAAAGCCUCAUGUUCAUCAGAAACCUGCUGGACAAACUUACAUCUAACCAGCAGAAUAUUCUCAAGUUCAUCGCCUGCAACGAGAUAUUCUUGAUGCCCGCCACUGCUUUCAUGCUCUUCAGUGGCCAGGGAAGCUUGCUGCUGCCUUUCAUUUAUUAUCGAUUCCUCACUCUCCGCUACACAUCCAGAAGAAACCCAUACUGCCGCACCCUGUUUACAGAGCUGCGAAUUCUUCUGGAGCACUUCAUCAUGAAGCCCGCCUGCCCUGCCUUCUUCAGGAAGAUGUGCCUCAGCAGUAUCGCAUUCAUCAGCCGCCUCGCUCCCACGGGGGUCUGAUCACACCACAUAAAAGUUUUGUUUUCUUUAUGUUUUUUUUAUUUUUUUACCACCACUUAGGAUGUGACUUAAACUUUGAUGGGGAACAGACAAUGCCAUCAACAGAAGGAACUGUUUGAAUGUCAACGUUAAUAGUCUGUGCUCCAGCUUCUCUGUACGUUCGAGUACAGCUGAAGACCAGCCAGUAAUGCACUGAAGUCUCACAGUGAUUUUUUUCCCAUCUUCUUAAUGUGACCUCAUUGAAACAGUGGACACCCCUCACUUUGUUACGUUCACUGAAUGGAGCACAGCAGACAUCAGCUGUCUUCUGUAUGUAUCAGCUGUUAUUGUUCUUUCCUUUUUAUGUCCUUAUUUAUUCAUGAAAAUUGCUUAUUCUAUGAUGAAACAUUAACAUUCAGAGAUUAGUAACUUAAAUGAAAAUGCUUAUACAGAAUUAAAACUUUUCUUAAUUUUUAAUGAUCAUGUUGUGCUUGGUCGGGAUGGAGGACGGGAUUUGUGUGAAGUUUAUAUUUAGUCUAGUUUCUUUUUUUAAUGUGCAAAGCACCCAAUGCUCUGAUUUGUCUAAAAUGCCUAACUUUAAAUGUAUUCUAUUAAUGCCAUCAACUCAAAAAACAUGCUAAAUCUUUGUUGGUAUGAUGUCAAAACGGGUGUUGAAUUGAGAAACAAAACUUCUGCUGUAUAUUAUAGAAUAUUAUAAAGUAUCAGACAUUUUGCUGCCAUAUAAUUGCACAAUGCAUGUUGCAGGAAGUGAAAAGUGCACUGCUUUCAAAUGCAUUCUGAUCUUGUUUCUCAGUUUAAUAACGGUUUUGAAUUAGCUUUAAUCACUCUUUUGUUGCUACUGUAGUUUUCUUGCAUGCUCUGAUUUCUUUCUGCCAUGUUAAAUGUGUUUAUUUGCGUACAGUCAAACCACAUUUUUAAGAUGAAAAUAAUAUGAUCUCUUAGUUUAACCAAUAAAAUAUUAAAGAAGAGUAA